UUUGGUUUCAGCUGCGGUCGACCCACAUCGAGCAGUAUAUAAAGGAUUCCGAUCAGCAUCAGUGUGUGUUGGUUAACUUGGUGAAGAGAGAAGUCACGCUGAAGCGGUAAAGUACAGUUACAGGUGUCAGAGGCCACACUUGUCACAAUGAAGUUUCUGAGGUUCUUCUGUGUGUCGAUACUGCUGCUGAUAAAUGGAGGUAUCGUGAUUGGGCGAGGAACAGAUAUCAGGCUGGCGAAUGGUACCAACUUGUGUUCUGGAAGAUUGGAGGUUCUUCAUGAAGGAGUUUGGGGAACUGUUUGUGAUGAUGGUUGGGAUCUAUCGGAUGCUUCAGUGGUGUGUCGACAGCUGGGCUGUGGUGCUGCUAUAGAGGCAAAGGGCAGUUCUUAUUUUGGACAAGGUUCAGGACCGAUAUGGUUGGAUAAUGUGGGGUGUACAGGGAAUGAAACGUCACUGGAAAACUGCUUCGCACCACCAUGGGGAAGUCACAACCAUGAACAUGAUGAAGAUGCUGGAGUCAUCUGCCAAGGUGAGUUAAACCUCAUUAAAAUGAAGCUGGUGAAUGGGAGCAGUGAGUGUUCUGGAAGAGUGGAGAUUCUUCAUGAAGGAGUUUGGGGAACUGUUUGUGAUGAUGGUUGGGAUCUAAAAGAUGCUGCAGUGGUGUGUCAACAGCUGGGCUGUGGUGCUGCUAUAGAGGCAACGGGCAGUUCUUAUUUUGGACAAGGUUCAGGACCGAUAUGGUUGGAUAAUGUGGCGUGUAGAGGAAAUGAAACGUCACUACAAAACUGCUUCGCACCACCAUGGGGAACUCACAACCAUGAACAUGAUGAAGAUGCUGGAGUCAUCUGCCAGGAAUCACACAGUGUGGUUGUAAUUAUGAUCAGUGGAUCUCCAGGGUUCAUCCAAACUUGUGUAGUUGUCACAGAGGUCCACACUUGGAGUGCUGAAGUGUCGGAGGCAACACUUGUCACAAUGAGGUUUCAGAUCUUCUUCUGUGUGUUGAUACUUCUGCUGAUAAAUGGCGAUAUUGCAAUGGGGCGAGGAACAGAUAUCAGGCUGGCGAAUGGUACCAACAUGUGUUCUGGAAGAUUUGAGGUUCUUCAUGAAGGAGUUUGGGGAACUGUUUGUGAUGAUGGUUGGGAUCUAUCGGAUGCUUCAGUGGUGUGUCGACAGCUGGGCUGUGGUGCUGCUAUAGAGGCAAAGGGCAGUUCUUAUUUUGGACAAGGUUCAGGACCGAUAUGGUUGGAUAAUGUGGGGUGUACAGGGAAUGAAACGUCACUGGAAAACUGCUUCGCACCACCAUGGGGAACUCACAACCAUGAUCACGAUGAAGAUGCUGGAGUCAUCUGCCAAGAUAUCAGGCUGGUGAAUGGGAGCAGUGAGUGUUCUGGAAGAGUGGAGAUUCUUCAUGAAGGAGUUUGGGGAACUGUUUGUGAUGAUGGUUGGGAUCUAAAAGAUGCUGCAGUGGUGUGUCAACAGCUGGGCUGUGGUGCUGCUAUAGAGGCAACGGGCAGUUCUUAUUUUGGACAAGGUACAGGACCGAUAUGGUUGGAUAAUGUGGCGUGUACAGGAAAUGAAACGUCACUACAAAACUGCUUCGCACCUCCAUGGGGAACUCACAACCAUGAACAUGAUGAAGAUGCUGGAGUAAUCUGCCAGGUGUUUCUUGCAGUGUCGGAGGCAACACUUGUCACAAUGAGGUUUCAGAUCUUCUUCUGUGUGUUGAUACUUCUGCUGAUAAAUGGCGAUAUUGCAAUGGGGCGAGGAACAGAUAUCAGGCUGGCGAAUGGUACCAACAUGUGUUCUGGAAGAUUUGAGGUUCUUCAUGAAGGAGUUUGGGGAACUGUUUGUGAUGAUGGUUGGGAUCUAUCGGAUGCUUCAGUGGUGUGUCGACAGCUGGGCUGUGGUGCUGCUAUAGAGGCAAAGGGCAGUUCUUAUUUUGGACAAGGUUCAGGACCGAUAUGGUUGGAUAAUGUGGGGUGUACAGGGAAUGAAACGUCACUGGAAAACUGCUUCGCACCACCAUGGGGAAGUCACAACCAUGAUCACGAUGAAGAUGCUGGAGUCAUCUGCCAAGGUGAGUUAAACCUCAUUAAAAUGAAGCUGGUGAAUGGGAGCAGUGAGUGUUCUGGAAGAGUGGAGAUUCUUCAUGAAGGAGUUUGGGGAACUGUUUGUGAUGAUGGUUGGGAUCUAAAAGAUGCUGCAGUGGUGUGUCAACAGCUGGGCUGUGGUGCUGCUAUAGAGGCAACGGACAGUUCUUAUUUUGGACAAGGUACAGGACCGAUAUGGUUGGAUAAUGUGGCGUGUACAGGAAAUGAAACGUCACUACAAAACUGCUUCGCACCACCAUGGGGAACUCACAACCAUGAACAUGAUGAAGAUGCUGGAGUAAUCUGCCAGGUGUUUCUUGCAGUGUCGGAGGCAACACUUGUCACAAUGAGGUUUCAGAUCUUCUUCUGUGUGUUGAUACUUCUGCUGAUAAAUGGCGAUAUUGCAAUGGGGCGAGGAACAGAUAUCAGGCUGGCGAAUGGUACCAACAUGUGUUCUGGAAGAUUUGAGGUUCUUCAUGAAGGAGUUUGGGGAACUGUUUGUGAUGAUGGUUGGGAUCUAUCGGAUGCUUCAGUGGUGUGUCGACAGCUGGGCUGUGGUGCUGCUAUAGAGGCAAAGGGCAGUUCUUAUUUUGGACAAGGUUCAGGACCGAUAUGGUUGGAUAAUGUGGGGUGUACAGGGAAUGAAACGUCACUGGAAAACUGCUUCGCACCACCAUGGGGAAGUCACAACCAUGAUCACGAUGAAGAUGCUGGAGUCAUCUGCCAAGGUGAGUUAAACCUCAUUAAAAUGAAGCUGGUGAAUGGGAGCAGUGAGUGUUCUGGAAGAGUGGAGAUUCUUCAUGAAGGAGUUUGGGGAACUGUUUGUGAUGAUGGUUGGGAUCUAAAAGAUGCUGCAGUGGUGUGUCAACAGCUGGGCUGUGGUGCUGCUAUAGAGGCAACGGACAGUUCUUAUUUUGGACAAGGUACAGGACCGAUAUGGUUGGAUAAUGUGGCGUGUACAGGAAAUGAAACGUCACUACAAAACUGCUUCGCACCACCAUGGGGAACUCACAACCAUGAACAUGAUGAAGAUGCUGGAGUAAUCUGCCAGGUACAGUUACAGGUGUCGGAGGCAACACUUGUCACAAUGAGGUUUCAGAUCUUCUUCUGUGUGUUGAUACUUCUGCUGAUAAAUGGCGAUAUCGCAAAGGGGCGAGGAACAGAUAUCAGGCUGGCGAAUGGUACCAACUUGUGUUCUGGAAGAUUGGAGGUUCUUCAUGAAGGAGUUUGGGGAACUGUUUGUGAUGAUGGUUGGGAUCUAUCGGAUGCUUCAGUGGUGUGUCGACAGCUGGGCUGUGGUGCUGCUAUAGAGGCAAAGGGCAGUUCUUAUUUUGGACAAGGUACAGGACCGAUAUGGUUGGAUAAUGUGGGGUGUACAGGGAAUGAAACGUCACUGGAAAACUGCUUCGCACCACCAUGGGGAACUCACAACCAUGAUCACGAUGAAGAUGCUGGAGUCAUCUGCCAAGGUGAGUUAAACCUCAUUAAAAUGAAGCUAGUGAAUGGGAGCAGUGAGUGUUCUGGAAGAGUGGAGAUUCUUCAUGAAGGAGUUUGGGGAACUGUUUGUGAUGAUGGUUGGGAUCUAAAAGAUGCUGCAGUGGUGUGUCGACAGCUGGGCUGUGGUGCUGCUAUAGAGGCAACGGGCAGUUCUUAUUUUGGACAAGGUACAGGACCGAUAUGGUUGGAUAAUGUGGCGUGUAGAGGAAAUGAAACGUCACUACAAAACUGCUUCGCACCACCAUGGGGAACUCACAACCAUGAACAUGAUGAAGAUGCUGGAGUCAUCUGCCAGGCUGAACUGAUAGCGGCACCGACAGCAGCAGCACCGACAACAACAGAUUAAUAUGAAAUAAAUGGCA